CAGAGCAACUGUACAUCGAGCUCUGUAAACAUCUUGAGGUUGCUCGGUGAGACUGGUUGUGGGCGGAGCGCAGCUCGAGUUGACCAUUCCGAUUAGUUUUACAUCGCUGUGUCCACCCCAUACAGAACCAGUGCACUUCCAGCGGUCAACUUCAAACUAUUUGUUUUUGGGUUUCGGACCUAUUCGAACAUUUGUUUUAUUCCCUUGCCAGAGAAGAGGCGAGAGGGAGGGGUACAGAGUGCAUAAUGAAGGAUACGGAUAAACGGCAUGAAGGAGGCGGAAGGAGAACGGGAACAGAAAAAUCUGAGAAAGAUCAGAGCUGGAUCCCCAAGAUCAUCAAAAUGAGAGUUUGCACCACGUUCGUAGAGGACUUAUCAAGCAAUGGGGUAUUGUGUCAGUGUGGUGGUGUGCGGGAGACACACGGCUCCAUCGCUACAGGAGACUUUUUCGGGACGGCCAUCGUCAGCCAGUGGGACAGCUCUCAGCACUCCUCAGAGUACCCCACCGACGCCUUCGGAGAGUUGGAGUUCGCAGGGGCCGGCAGGAGACACAGCCAUUUCCUGCGUUUGUCAUGCGACACCCCACCUCAUAUCAUGUACGGCCUGAUGACGGCCCAUUGGGGGGUGCCCUCCCCCAACCUGGUGGUUUCUGUGGUGGGGGGGGGAGGUGGUCGCGAGAAGGUCAAGCCCUGGGUCAGGGAGGUGCUGAGACAGGGGCUGGUCAGGGCAGCACAGAGCACAGGGGCGUGGAUAGUGACGGGGGGGCUGAGGGAGGGGGUGGGACGUUGUGUUGGGGAAGCAGUGAGGGAUCAUGCGGCUGCGGCCUCCUCCCUGUCCCAGAAGAAAGUCAUCGCUGUGGGUGUGGCCCCCUGGGGCCUCGUGCACAACAGACAGCAGCUCAUCAACUCUGAGGGUAGUUUUCCAGCACGGUAUUAUGUCCAGAACACGUCCCAUGACUCGUGCUGCCUGGAUAGUAACUACCAGGCCUUCCUGUUGGUGGAUGAUGGGAGUGUAAGCCGGCGGGGAGGGGAAACGGCCUUCCGGGCCAAGAUGGAGGACUACAUCUCCCACCAGCGCACCGGCAUCUGGGGUAGUGGCAGUAUAGAUGUCCCUGUAUUGUGUAUGCUCAUCUCAGGGGACGCUGCCAUGCUGGAGAGGGUGGAUCUCUCUCUGAAGAAGGCUACUCCCUGGCUGGUGUUGAAUGGUUCUGGUCCAGCGGCGGACCUUAUCUGUGAGCUGCUGGAUGAACUGUCAGCCGGGCCCAUGAGCCCCCCCUCUCCCCAGCCAGAGGGUGAGGGGAGCGAGAAGUCCAGUGCGGAGCUGCGCGACAGAGCCCGUGAGAGGGUCCGGAGACACUUCCCUGCCAAGGCAGACGUGGAGAAGCUGGUGGACAGGGCUCUGAGUAUCUAUAAAAACAGAGAUCUGAUCACAGUGUUCCACGGGGAGCAGGAGAGUCCUGAUGAUUUUGACACAGUGCUACUGAAGGCUCUCGUCAGAGCCAGUAAACGUGUGUCAAGCGAUGCCAGUGAGUACACAGAGGAGCUGAAGCUAGCAGUAGCCUGGAACAGGGUGGACAUCGCUAAGAGUGAACUCUUCAAUGGAGACAUCCAAUGGAAGUACGAGGACCUGGAGGACUCCAUGACGGAUGCACUGAUCAACGACAAGCCCCAGUUCAUACGUCUCUUCAACGAGAACGGCCUCAACAUCCUGGACUACCUAACCUACAGGCAUCUGGAGGUCCUGUACCGCUCGCUGUCCGACAGUUCUCUGGCCUUCACUCUGCUCCAGCGGCUUCUCACAGAGAGAAAGGGCCUGGCCGUAUGCUCUCCGAAAGAGGCCUUAGCCCUCAAGAGCCCCCAGAACCCCAUGAGCCCCCUAUCAGGACCCUCCUCUGUCAAAGAGCUCAGCUUGUAUGAGGUGUCACGGCUUCUAUGGGACAUCCUGGGAGAUGUGUGUGAGCCCUUCUACUACAGUCUUCUCGGUUUGGACCAGAGCUCCAGCACCAGGAGAGCACUGAAGCAAGUGAAUAAGUUGUUGGAGGGGGAUUGUUCGUACAGGGAGCAGAGCUGUCUCUAUCCGUGGGCCUCUCUGUUCAUCUGGGCUGUGCUGCAGAACCGCAGCGAGAUGGCCGUCUACUUCUGGGAGAUGGCAGGGGAGUCUGUCCACAGUGCUCUGGCAGGCUGUAAGAUUCUGAGGGAGCUGUCUAAGCUGGAGAGUGAGACGGAGACCAAGCUCUCUAUGAAGGAGCUGGCCCAGAAGUUUGAGAACUUGGCCCUUGACGUGUUCAGUGAGUGCUACCAGAGCAGUGAGAGCCGCUCUUUCACCCUCCUUAUAAGGCAGUCUCCGGUGUGGGGCAAAGCUACCUGUCUACAGAUGGCCACCUCAGCCGACGCCCGCCACUUCUUCAGCCACGAUGGCGUGCAGUCUCUGCUGUCUCAGAUCUGGUGGGGAGACAUGAAGAGGAGCACGAAGGUCUGGAAACUGGUCCUCUCCUUCCUCUUACCCCCCCUCAUCUACACCAACCUCAUCACUUUCAGGGAACAUGAGGAAGAGGUGAAGGAGGAGGAGGAGGCACCUCAUGGUCGAGACACAGAGAGUCUGGACGGAGCAAAUGCCACUAUGCUCUCCCUCUCCGACAUCAUGCAAACGGAAGAGGAUGUCGAGGAAUAUGCUGCUCUAAGGGCCAAUCUGAAAAGUGCCCCCUCCAAUCCCAAGAGGCCCUUCAUAUUGCUGCGCUGGAGGGAGUUCUGGUUUGCGCCCGUCACCUCAUUCCUGGGCAACGUGCUGAUGUACUUCCUGUUCCUCUCCCUGUUUGCUUAUAUCCUAUUGUUGGACUUCAAGCCCCCGCCCCCUCACGGCCCGUCCACCUUAGAGUUUGUUCUAUACUUCUGGGUCUUCACCAUGGUCUGUGAGGAGAUUCGACAGACAUUCUUCAGGGGCAGCACCACUUUAUAUCAGAGAAUGAAGCUCUACAUCGAGGACAUGUGGAAUAAGUGUGACAUCACAGCCAUCUCACUCUUUGCACUGGGAAUGUGCUGCAGAAUGUUCCCGUGGUCCUAUGAGUUUGGCCGUGCUGUGUUGGCUGUGGACUACAUGGUGUUUACCCUCCGUCUCAUCCACAUCUUCGCCAUCCACAAACAGCUGGGACCCAAGAUAAUCAUUGUUGAAAAAAUGAUGAAAGACAUCUUCUUCUUCCUGUUCUUCCUGGCGGUAUGGCUCCUGGCCUACGGCGUAGCCAAUCAGGCGCUGCUCUACUCCUACGACCCCCGUCCCGGUUGGAUAUUUCGCAGAGUGUUUUACAGGCCAUACCUCCACAUAUUUGGACAGAUCCCCAUACACGAAAUGGAUGCUGAUAAACUGGACGAGGGGAUAGAGUGCACCAAUAACGUCACCCUGGUCGAGGCGGGGGCAGAGCCCUGCAUGAGUACCGAACACAAUUGGCUGGUGAUCAUCUUAUUGGUCAUCUUCCUGCUGGUCACCAACAUCCUCCUGGUCAACCUGCUCAUCGCCAUGUUCAGUCACACAUUCUCCAAAGUGCAGGAGCACAGCGACAACUACUGGAAGUUCCAGCGUUACAAUCUGAUCGUGGAGUACCACUCCAGACCCUGCCUGGCACCACCCUUCAUCCUCAUCUCCCACAUCCACCUCAUCAUCAAGAGACACGUCCGCAAGAUCCCCUCCACAAAGAUCAAACACUUUGUUCUGGAGAUCCACGGUAGGGAGGCCAGUAGACUGAACACGUGGGAGGCCAUCCAGAAGGAGAAUAUACUGUUUGCCCAGAACAAACGAGAGAGAGAGAAAGACUCAGAGAGACUCAAACGUACCUCCGUCAAGGUGGACAAUGUAUUAAAGCAGAUGGCAGAGAUUCGGGACCACGACCGCAGGCUGAGAACGUUGGAGACCGAGUUGGAGUACUGUUCUAGUGCCCUCUCCUGGAUGACGGAGGCUCUCUCUCAGAGUAACUUGGUAAAGACCACACGUCCUCCGCCCGCUCUCAGAGAUCUGACCUCUCUUUCUCCAACUAGCUGACAAAUGUCUGAUGGAGAAUAGUGAAAUCUGGACGCGCACAAACGACCUCUUAACUGUCUCUCGAAGUCGAUGAUGACAAAUGUUCCUCUUGUGGAUUGGGGUUAUUGCUUUAAACACACACACACACACACACACACACACACACACACACACACACACACACACACACACACACACACACACACACACACACACACACACACACACACACACACACACACACACGCACACCUACAAUCACUGUCACUCAGGGCCAGUGGUGUGAAGUACUUAAGUAAAAAUACUUGAAAGUACUACUUAAGUCAUUUUUUGGGGUAUCUGUACUUUACUUUACUAUUUAUAUUUUUGGCUACUUUUACUUUUACUUCACUGCAUUCCUAAAGAAAAUUAUAUACUUUUUACUCAAUACAUUUCCCUGACACCCAAAAGUACUCGUUACAUUUUGAAUGCUUAGCAGGACAGGAAAAUUGUCAAAUUCACACACUUAUCAAGAGAACAUCCCUGGUCAUCCCUACUGUCUCUAUUCUGGCGGACUCACUAAACACAUGCUUUGUUUGUAAAUUAUGUCUGAGUGUUGGAGCGUGCCCCUGGCUAUCUGUGAAAUUAAAAUAAACAGGGAAAUGAUGCCGUCUGGGGUGCUUAAUAUAAGGAAUUUGAAAUGAUUUCUACUUUUACUUUUACUUUUGAUACUUUUGAUAUAUUUUAGCAAUUACAUUUACUUUUGAUACUUAAGUAUAUUUCAAACCAAAUACUAUUAGACUUUUACUCAAGUAGUAUUUUACUGGGGGACUUUCACUUUUACUUGAAUCAUUUUGUGGUAAAGGUAUCUUUACUUUUACUCAAGUAUGACAAUUGGGUACUUUUUCCACCACUGCUCAGGGCCAAGGAAUGUCAAGCAAUGCCAAACACGGACUCGAUGCUCUUAAGCGUCGAUAAUUUGAACUACUGUCAUUUAGUAUGUGGACCAUUGUUGCUCUUCUAUGUUAUACUUUGUUGUUCCUAUGUUCUCAGAAAUCGUGUUCCUGUGGGUUCUAGAAUCACAGGACAACAGGACAAUCUGUUCUUAAUGUAAUAUGUAUAGACAUUUUUAAAAGGUGCAUUCAACCUGACACAAUCACAAAAAUGUCACUUUUUGGUUUGCAGUCAAUGACCAAAAGCGUCCUCUUUGGGCGCAUGGUAUUCAUAUUUUUCAUAAUCUCAUAAUGAAUAAAGAUUAAAACAAACAA